AUGCCAGCUACAGCAACAGCAGCUACGGCAUCAGCUUCAGCAUCAGGAGGAGAUCCAGAGGAGGGCACAGAGCCGCUGCUGGAGCUCACCCAUGUGUUGAAUAUGGUGGCACCCCGUCCCUCUCAGAAGCUUCAAACCCUCCAAGCCCCCUCCGUGGCUGCUGAGCUUUUGGUCUCCAGCGCCUUGCGGAUGCAUUGGCCGGCGGACAAGCGCCGCCUGGCGCCAAAGGACGCAGCUAGCACCUGCCGCGAGGCGGCCUCUGUCUUGCAGGAGGCCAUUUCACAGCUCACCAGUGCUGCACAGAUCUUUGAGACUGGGGGACCCCCAGUGCGAGAGAUCGUCAAGGGCCGCACGGAGACAAAGCGCCGCCGUACCUAUGCUGGUCCUCCCCCAGGGGCGCCGGGUGCUGUUUCACCGCCAGUGAGCACCUGCAGCGUGCUGAGCAGCAGUAUAGUGCGAGCAUCAUCCACGGCUUACCGAGGAAGCCCACCCAUCGUUCGCACCGGUGGCGGACUGCGAGUCUAA